UAUGGCACACGUCAGCACAGUGCGCCCUCUACUUCAUGACUUAUAUUUGUAUAUGUGAUGUGGAGAAUAGAUUGGCUUAUGUAAAAAAAAAGAAAAUUAUAUUAGGUUAAUAUAAAGCACGUAGCGCGUUAGAAUUAUUUCUCAAAAUGGUACUUAUCGCUGCUGCUGUAUGCACGAAGGCGGGAAAAACUAUUAUUUCCCGUCAGUUUGUCGAAAUGACAAAAGCAAGAAUUGAAGGAUUACUGGCUGCAUUUCCAAAGUUAAUGAGUUCUGGUAAACAGCAUACUUUUGUUGAAACAGAAUCUGUGAGAUAUGUUUAUCAACCUUUAGAAAAAGUAUACAUGUUACUCAUUACGACCAAGGCUAGUAAUAUCUUGGAAGAUUUAGAAACUUUACGACUUUUUGCAAGAGUGAUCCCGGAAUAUUGCACUUCAAUGGAUGAACUUGAAAUAGCGGAUAACGCAUUCAAUUUAAUAUUUGCAUUUGAUGAAAUAGUUGCAUUAGGAUAUAGAGAAAGUGUAAAUCUUGCACAGAUUAGAACUUUUGUGGAAAUGGAUUCUCACGAGGAAAAGGUUUAUCGUGCAGUAAGGAUGACUCAAGAACGUGAAGCUAAAAAUAAAAUGCGUGAGAAAGCUAAAGAAUUGCAGAGGCAGCGAAUGGAAGCAAAUAAGAAAACCGGUAUCAAGAAUCCAGGUUUUGGUAGUAGUUACGGGAGCGGCGGUGGUUUCACUCCAACUCCUACGGUCGGAGACACUGCCAAUUUUGUAUCAGAUUCAGUUAGAUCGACGUAUACCCCAGUACAAAAGCCAGCUAAUACUGGUCCAGGUGCAAUGAAACUUGGCGGAAAAUCUCGCGAUGUUGAUUCGUUUGUUGAUCAAUUAAAAGAAGAAGGUGAAAAUGUUGUAAGCACUCCACUUACAGCAUUGGGAACAAAGCCUGUGCCAAUCAGUCCUCAGAUAAUUAAUACUGAACCUGUUCAUUUGCGACAAGAAGAGAGACUUAACGUACGUGUCGGCCGUGAUGGAGGUCUUCAACACUUUGAAUUACAUGGUUUAGUAACAUUACAUAUCUCUGAUGAAAAAUGGGGUCGUAUCCGUGUCCAGCUUGAAAAUAGGGAUUCGAGAGGAAUUCAGUUACAAACUCAUCCAAAUGUCGAUAAAGAAUUGUUCAGGACUCGUGGUCAAAUUGGAUUGAAAAUACCUACUAAACCAUUCCCAUUGAACACAGAUGUUGGUGUAUUAAAGUGGCGUCUACAAGCUCAAGAUGAAACAGCAUUACCAAUUUCAAUAAACUGUUGGCCUAGUGAAAAUGGUGAAGGAGGCUGGGAUGUAAACAUUGAGUAUGAAUUAGAACAAGAUGAUCUUGAAUUAAAUGAUGUAAACAUAAACAUUCCGCUUCCAAUUGGGUGCACUCCUAUAGUAAGCUCGUGCGAUGGCCAAUACACACACGAAACGAGGAAAAAUAUAUUAGUAUGGUCACUACCACUAGUCGAUGCCUCAACGAAAUCUGGUUCAAUGGAAUUUUCUGCUCCAUCUUCUACAUCUGCAGAUUUCUUUCCACUUCAUGUUUCUUUCGCAUCAAAAACGUCAUAUGCCAAAAUUAAGAUCACGGAAGUUAUACUAGUAGAAGAUGAAAGUCCUGUAAAGCAUUCUAUAGAAACAGUUUUCUUUACUGACAAUUACGAAGUGGUAUAAGUUGCAGAGAAUGUAGAUAAUAGUCUACAUACGCUUUGAACACACGGAAGUGAAUACGGUACACUGGAAAAUAUAAUUUUAAUAAUAAGUAACUAGCCUAAUUAGUAUUCAUAUGCCAAUCAGAUUUCUAUUUCCAUAUGAUCAUUUAUUUGAUGAUCCAUGGUCACUGCAAAAAUGUAUUGCAGUAUAUUAAUGUGCACAUUACAAUCAUAUUGUUAUAAUGUAUGUUCAAUAUUAAUUUGUCAGAUAUAAAACUGCAAAAAAAGCCGUAUUUUAAUUAAAACAAAAAAAAAGAAAACAAAAGAAAGGAUAAACCUCUUCAGAUAUAUAAAUUUUAAUGAAUUAAUCGCGUAUAUAGGAUAUUUUAUAGAUGCUAUAUGUUUGAUUAUUUAUAUCAAAUUAAACAUUACUAACAAAGGCUUUCAUCUAUUUUGGAGAAGAAAAUAAUUAUUUCACUGUCUAUAUGCCUUUUGUGCAUUGUUACAUACAUAUGAUGAUAUAGUGUACUAAAGAAAGAAGAAAAAAAAAGAACAUAAAAUUGUAAACAGAGAAUUUUUUCUUCUAAUAAUUUAUUAAAUGUUAUAGUUGCACCAAUUCCUUUAAUCCUUAUACUAGAAUUAUGUAUAAAAGCAUUUAGUGAUGUGACUUUAGUUUGAGUUACCGAAAUUUAUAAAUAUUUCUUUUAUUACAUAAAAAUAUAUAUGAUAUAUAUUGAUUAUAUAAAUCAUAUUUUUUUCUUAUCACAAAAUAUACUUUCUUAAUGAAAAAAGAUGAAAACGUAUUGAUCUUUGCAUUGAAAAAUUCUUAUCUUUUGAUCAUUUUAAUACAUACUUAUGGAACACAGUUAAGCCAUUUAUGCAUAUAUAUAUAUGUGUGUAUAUAUAUAUAGAUACAUGUGUGUGUCUAGGACUUUUUAUAUACACAUUCUGAGAUAUAAUUUCUCAAUUAUUUUUGAAUGGAUUUAUUUGACUUUUAUAAGCCGUUUCGAAUUAAUUAUGAAUUAAUACAUGUAUAUAAAUAAUAAAACUUUCAUAUUGUUAUAUUUGGAAGUAUGUAUUAUAGUUAAAAACAUAAUAAUAAAAAACUAUAUAUUUUACAUUAAUACAUGCUUAAAACAAAGCAAAUUAUUCAAUACUGCAAAGUGAUGCAAUUAAUGGAUAUGUCAAAUGAAAGCAAAUAUUGUUUAAAUUUUUUGGAAUCAUUAGAUCGUAUUUAGAGAUAUUCUAAAAUAAAAACGGUGGAAAUUAUUAUUUAUCUACCCUGAUCAUUACCAAUGUGUAGAAACUGUUAAUAUUAAGAGGAUAAUAGGUAGAGUCUAUAUAUAUAUAUAUUAUAAUAAAAUUAUUUUUACUGGUAUUAGUCUAAUUAUUGUAUCUAAUCAAUCUUGAACUUUUAUUACAUUUGCAUUUACAUUUAAUAUGUAGCUACUUUUUCUCCAAUUUGAGAAAUAUAUUUUAUAUUUUGUAUUUCUUUAUGUACAUCUAAACAUUUUUAUUUGAUUAAAAAUCAAUAUAUUUAAAAAAUAAUUAUUUAUGGUAUAAAAUGACAUUAAAGAUAAUAUACAAAAUAAUAUAUAUUUAUUAUAAUAAUGAUAAUAUUUACACAACGUUUAAAAAUAUUUAAACAAUAUAUAAUUAACAAGUUAUUGCAAUAUAUCCGAUGGUACAUUUACUACUUGCUGCAACAGAUAGUUUUCAAUAACUGCUUUAGCUACAAAAAGAAACAUGUUUAUUUUCUUAAUAAUUUUUCAAAUUAAUUUUUAGUUAUAAUUCUGUUAUUAUAUACAUUUGUUUACUAUACUCUUACCAGUUAACGAAUUAUUUAUUAUUGCAGCUUGAUAUGCACUUAUAUUGUGCACAUUACGAUGUGUAAUAUCUGCCCCUCUAGACAAAAGUUCGAAACAAACAUGUGGAUGAUCGCCAUGAGCUCCGUAAAUAAGAGACCUCGUCACUUGCAUUCGAAUCAGCACCAUGAUUCAAAAGUAACUUUACAAGAUCAUGAUGUCCAUAAGCAGCAGCUAAAUGUAAAGGAGUCUCCCCAUUGUGACCACGAUAAUUUUUGUUUGCACCAGCCUUUAACAGCUGUCUUGCACUACCUAAUUGUCCGUAUCCUGCAGCCCACAUAAGACCUGUUAAACCUUUCUCAUCUGGAAGAUCUACAGAUCCUGCAAAAUAAAACAUUUGUGUCAUAGAACGUAA